GUCUCAAAAUCAUCACAUCCAACUGUUGAAUGAGUAACGUGUACACUCACACUCGACAAUAAGAACGUUCCCCUAACAUUAUUACAAUAAAGAAAUAACUCCAAGUACGUCAUCGUCAUCAAUCUAAGUGACGUGCGUGUGAGAGGGAGAGAGGAGGGAGUGGGAGGGUUGGGGUUGAACACAUAAGUUAGGACAAGGACUACAGCGGAGGAGGAGAGGAGGAAACCAACGUCUGCUCUGCAACACAAGACAGACGAACAGAAGCAGAUUUUACAACUUGAGCAGCACCAGAACUCUCCCAGCAGACGUCCAGGAAACCAGGAUUUGAAGCGGCGAUCAGACCUGAGGUGGAGCUCAGUUGACCCCUCUGUGCAGCGCCAAAAAAAGCAAAAAAACCCCACAGCUGUCAGGUUCAGGACAAGUGGGAGAAAAAUGCUCUGGAGGGUGACCCUCGCCGUGGCCGCGGUGUGUGUCGGGGGCAUGUGCAGCCGCGUGCAGGCUGACCUGAUGAGCAAACUGAUCCUACCGAGGGACUACGGUGUGAAACUGUGCGGGAGAGAGUUCAUCAGGGCGGUCAUUUUCACCUGCGGCGGCUCGCGGUGGAGACGAUCCACGGACGGGGACCUGGAUGCCUUCCAGUGGCGUUCUCUCAGUGAUGUUGCAGUGGAGGACAACAACCACCACUCCUGGCAACCCGGCGCAGAGCUCCCAGACCCUUCUCCUCUCCGUCUCGCCUCCUCUUACUCCCUGGCAGACCUCCUCGCCGUUAUCAGGCAGGAGCAGUCGCUGGGCGACCCGGCCCUGCAGGAGGCGUCUCAGCCGUCCUCGGUUUUGGGGGAGCGAGAUGACUGGCCCGUACCGAGGAAAGAGAAGAGGAACUUUUCUCUGGGUGUUGCAGGGAAGUGCUGCAACCAGGGCUGUACCAAAAAUGAUAUCGGACAGUUGUGCUGAGGCGGGGGAGGAGGAGGGGGAGGAGGAGGGAUGGGUGAGGGCGGACGGGUCUUGAUGUGAAGAUGGUGUGAUUAAUGGACAGUUGAUGGAAAGAUGUAGGAGGAGUUCACAUCUGCUGUUUAAUAGGCUUCAGUUAGCUUUUCCCAGUCGUCGCCUCAUUACCAGAGAAUAUAUGAAAGCAUCGUCAUAUUUUCUUUUACCCUGCUCUCUUGUUUGAUAUGUUUUGUUUGAAAUAAGCUCAUGUACUCAAUGUCGCUCCUUUCAACAUCACUGAGAAUAAAUUUUAAAUACUGUGUUAAUAUGAAACAUCGAGCGGCGUCAUAAAUUCAUUCACAAGGCACCCGUUCACAUCUGUGGAGCAAUAAGCAGCCGCCGCGUCCUCGCCUGCAGACCGUCCACCUGAACCAGGUUCAUUCAUACCAGCACCAGCCAAUAUCGCACAUUAACGUCAUUUAGGCUGCUGUGAAGUUAUUGCCGCUCUCUGUUCACAACAUUACAACACCCUGAGGACAACACUGUGCAACAUCUUUUUUAACCCAUUCCGACUCAGCGUAAACAUACAUUUAACCUCCUGCACAAAACCCCUACCAUACCAUUUUUUUUUUUUUUUUUUUUUAGACCUGCAGCCACAAGCCGAUGAAUCAGUAAGUCUAAGAAAAAUCUGAUAGCUGAAUCAAUUUUUUGUUUUAGUCAUUUGUUAAGCAAAAUUGUCAAACAUUAGCUGCUUAAACGUGAAGAUUUGCUGCUUCUCUGCUGUUAUCUAUGAUAGUUAAUAACAAGUCUUCAGUUUUUAGACUGUUGGUCGGACAAAAGAAGCAAUUUAAAGGUGUGACUUUGGGCUCUGGGAAACCUUUACAAUCAAAAAUAAGUGGCAGAGUCAAUAAAAAAAAUGGAUUGUUAGUUGCAGUAUUAGUGUUAUGUGCAAAGUUGUUCAGAGCUAUUUACGUUAAACCACAAUCAGAUUAAAAAAAAAAAAACUACAAUCUGAACAUCCAAAUUAAAACACUUUGUUUUAAUAAAAGUAUAUACACACAGAACAGAUCACAUAUCUGUCUUUUUCAAUAUUUACAUCUGUUUACACAUGAAUGUAUAAAAUGUAGCUGCAUGGUAACAUCUGAGGACAAGACGAGACUUAAUGUACUUUGUGCCAAACCAAAAAAAAAAAAAAAAAAA